AUGCACCUUGCUACUUUGUUUCUGACUCCAAUAUUGGCCGCUGCGUCAUCGAAAGUCCCCUAUGAGCAAUAUAUCUUGGCUCCAAAGUCGCGCGACUUGAUCCCACCCUCCGUUCAAAAUAUAACUGGCUCUGUAACUGGAGCCAAUGCCCUCACAAAAUCGUCUGGCAGUGGAGCCACCUUCCAUGGCAUCUCAUCCGUGACCUACGACUUUGGCAAGAAUGUAGCUGGCCUAGUCACUCUCGACGUGGGCGCAUCCUCAUCCUCGUCUGCCUUUUUGGGAGUCACAUUCUCUGAAUCAAAUCUAUACAUCAGCAACCAAGCAAGCGAUGCUACCGCAGAUUCCGGCUUAGAUACCCCUCUAUGGUUCAAUGUUGGCAAAGGUGCCGGGAAGUAUACACCGGAGGAGAAGUAUCUUCGAGGUGGAUUCCGCUACCUGACAGUCGUCAGCAAUACCACAGCAACCGUGCCGGUCAAAAGCCUCCGAGUAAAAUUCACAUCAGCGCCUGACCAGGACCUGCGCGCCUACACCGGGUACUUCCACUCCGAUGACGAGCUCAUUAACCAAAUUUGGUAUGCCGGCGCAUACACUAACCAGCUGGCCACUAUCAAUCCCAAGCAUGGAAAUUCCCUGGUGCAUCUUGGUCAGAUCAGCUCGAGUGAUGAUAUCCAGCUCCCUGAGACUGAUUCCUGGUGGAACAACUAUACUAUCACCAACGGAACCAGCACAAUCACUGACGGAGCCAAGCGUGACCGUCUUGUGUGGCCUGGUGAUAUGUCCAUUGCUCUUGAGAGCAUUGCUGUCAGUACUGGUGAUCUAUAUAGUGUCCGCACGGCCUUGGAGUCUCUGUUCAUCUUGCAAAAGCCCAAUGGACAACUGCCCUAUGCUGGAAAGCCGUUCCUUGACAUGGUGAGCUACACGUAUCACCUGCACAGUCUCAUUGGCGCCUCGUACCUGUACCGAUUCUCAGGUGAUAAAGAUUGGCUGUCCAGCCACUGGUCACAGUACAAACGGGGUCUUGAAUGGGCACUGAACAGCGUCGACGACACCGGCCUCGCGAACAUUACGGCGUCGGCCGACUGGCUUCGCUUCGGGAUGGGAGCCCAUAACAUCGAAGCAAACGCAAUCCUCUACUUCGUCCUCCAAGACGCCCAAUCGCUCGCGACAGAACUGAACGACAAGACCGCCCUAACAAACUGGAGCCAAAUAGCCACCAAAAUCAAAGCAGCCGCCAACCAAAAGCUCUGGGACGCCUCCAGUGGCCUCUACUUCGACAACGAAACAACAACAAUGCACCCCCAAGACGGCAACGCCUGGGCCAUAAAAGCAAACCUCACGCAAUCAACCGCCCAAUCCAUCCAAGUCUCAAACGCCCUCAAGUCUCGCUGGGGCAAGUACGGCGCACCCGCGCCGGAAGCCGGGAAAACCGUCUCACCAUUCAUCGGCGGCUUCGAACUACAAGCUCACUACCUAGCCAACAAGCCCAACUCGGCACUCGAUCUCAUCCGUGUCCAGUGGGGAUUCAUGCUCAAUGAUCCGCGCAUGACACAGUCUACUUUCAUUGAAGGAUACUCCACAGAUGGAUCUCUGCAUUAUGCGCCGUAUUCUAAUGAUGCACGUGUUUCGCAUGCGCAUGGUUGGUCGACUGGCCCGACCUAUGCGCUUACGGCUUAUGCGGCUGGUAUUCAGCUUACUGGGGCUGGGGGCUCGACUUGGGUCAUUGCGCCGCAGGUUGGAAAUCUGACGUCUGUUGAUGCCGGGUUCGAGACUGUGAAGGGGAAGUUCUCGGUUUCCUAUCGUGGUAGUGGUCGUGGGAAUGCUGUGGGCAAGCUUGCUUUUGUUACGCCUGCUAAUACUACUGGGGAGUUUUUGCUUGCUGGUGCUGAGGGUAGUCUUGUUUCUGAGAGCGGGCAGAGGGUGAGACUUGUUAAUGGCAAGGCAUCUGGGUUGAAGGGUGGUAGUUGGAAGUUGAGAAGUGAAUGA